AUGAGAGGCAAGUAUUUUCUUCUACCUUAUCUUGCUUCCAGGAUCAUGUCAAUUCUGGCAUCACAUACUGAGCCAGUGACUCAAAAAAAUUUUGAAACUGAACUUCCCGACGUACCGUUGGCUCAAGUACUCCCAGUUCUCAACAAAUUGCAGAAAGAGGGUCAAGUAGAGGUUAUGGUGAAUCCCAAUCGGACCCUUUCUUGGCGCAUGCGUGAAAUCAGCAACCUUGACAAAUUGAAAUCUAUUACUGACAUUGAGGAACGCCUUGUAUACAACUGCAUUCGUAAGAAUGGAAACGAGGGAGCGACUGUCAAGGCCAUUUCGAUAGACGCAAAACUUCCCCAGAAUCGACUGCCACGCAUUCUCAAGGCUUUAAUGGGUCGAAAGCUCAUCAAGGAGCUGCCAGUAUUGGCUGGCAAUAAACAAAAAAUUUAUCUACUCUAUGAGAUUGAGCCAAGCAAGUUACUAGCCGCAAAUACUCUGUUUGCUGGAGAAGCAGGAGUUGAUGGAGAAUUUGUGGCAAUGUUGCGAACAGCCUGUUUGAAGUACAUUCAAGACAAAGCCGAGGUCGCUUCCCACAUACUGGACCCCCUCGCCAGGAGAAACUCCUCUUACGCCUCAGUGGAGGAGUUGCACCGCUUCAUCAGCAACGCUAAACUCUGCACGGUUCCGCUAACACAGGAUGACGUAAAGACUGUGCUUGACGCCCUCAUGUACGGCGGGGAGCUGGAAAUGAAGCAGUCAGCAGCAGUGAGUCUGAACGGUGAAGUUACAGACCCCAACGUAGACGACACCAAAUCCUUCCUCUAUCGUCUUGCGCCACGAACACCCAGUCUUGCCUUCCUCUCUCGGAUCCCAUGCAUAAUUACACUCGGUCGAAAGAGGAGCCGGACUGGCGGAGUCGUUUGCCCUGCUGGAUGCCCUUACUUUGCCGCUUUCUUGGACACCGAAAAUUCUUCAGUUCCAAAUGCAAAUAAAACAAAUGAAUAA